UUGACAACAACAUAUAACAUAACCUCAAACUAAAACAUAUGGAUUUGAAAGAAAAAAUGAUUAAAGUAAAAGUUGUUAAAGUACAACCUUGAAAUGCAUUAUAAAGUAACUUUAAACGAGAAUGGACAGCGUUAUUCAACAGAAAGAAGAAGUUGAGGCUUUGGAAGCAAUUUAUGGUGAUGAAUGGAAACGGGAAGAAUCAGAUAAGUCGUUCAGCAUUUCCAUAAAUAAAGACGUUCAAUUAUAUAUUAAUUUAUCAGAAAAGUAUCCGUUAGAAUCGCCCCCCACAUAUGUUUUACGCGCUCCCACAUUGGAUGGUGAAACAAAAAGAAAAAUUGCAAAUGCUUUUGAAGACAUUUAUCUGGAAAAUAUUGGUGGUCCCGUUAUUUAUCAGUGGAUUGAGUGUUUAAGGGAAAACGUUCAAAUAGAAAAGUGCAAGGAGAACAAUGACCAAAAUGAGGUGGAAACAGUAAUUGUUAAAGAGAUUGAAGAACUUAAAGUCUUUGACAUCAUUCAUGGGGAGUGCAUUUCUGAUAGAAAAAGUACUUUUCAAGGCCAUUUUUGUGUGGUACAUUCUCAAGAAGAUAUCCGACAUGUUUUAAAUCAGUUAUAUGAGAAUAAAAAAAUUGCACAAGCCACUCAUAAUAUAAGCGCUUUUAGAAUAAAAAAUGAAUCAGUUUUGACACAAGAUUGUGAUGAUGAUGGUGAGAGCCAUGCAGGUGGACGUUUGUUACAUUUAUUACAAAUUCUUGAUGUAAUAAAUGGUAUUGUUGUUGUCAGUAGAUGGUAUGGAGGUAUUCAUCUAGGUCCGGAUCGUUUCCGCCAUAUUAACAAUGCAGCAAGACAAGUUUUAGAACAAGCUGGAAUAGUACAAAAAACCACAUUAAAAUAAUGUGAAUUAAUUAAUUUUUUAUUGGUGCUUUGAUAUAGUUUUAUUGUUAAUGUAUUUUGAACUUUUUAUUUACAAUGAA